AUGUUUGCCAGUCAAACUGUUUGUCUAGAAAAAUGUAAUUAUAUUCUUUCCAGCCAUCUUACUCAAGAUCCAGUUUUCGGUUUUUGGUCGUGGACCUUUGCCCUAUCGAAGCUAGUAGAAUUUGGCGACACAGCCUUCAUUGUGUUACGAAAGCAACCGUUGAUUUUUCUACAUUGGUACCAUCACGUAACAGUCCUUCUCUAUACCUGGUUCUCUUAUGCAGAGGCCACAGGAAAUGGCAAGUGGUUUGGCUUGGUAAACUCUUUCGUUCAUGCCUGGAUGUACUCCUAUUAUGCUCUGAAAGCAAUGCGGUUCAAUAUACCAAAAUGGGUCGCCAUAUUUGUUACUACGCUACAGCUAUCACAAAUGGUUGUGGGUUGCAUUUUAACUGCAUCAGCUUACUACUAUGUACACAGUGCCCAAGUUGAAUGUCACGUUACGCCUUUGAACAUCAAACUUGCUAUGCUGAUGUACCUCAGCUAUUUCAUUUUAUUUGCCAGAUUCUUCCAGCAGGCUUAUUUAUCUAACAAACACAUAAAAAAAAUUGGAAAGAAGGAUUAGCCUAAUAGAUCUGCAAGUUAUAACAAGCUGAAGUUUAUGUAGAGCAGGUGAAAAAUUUUUUAAAUCUUUUUUACGGAUGCUUUUCAGUGACAUAUCUUAAGAAAAACUUUAUCAAAAUCUCAUGUGAUGGAUAUGGACGUCAAGAAAUAAUUUGAUGAAUAUAAUUCUCUCAAGCCUUUGUGAAGGCAAAGUUGUAAAGAUUGAUUGUGAAUGAAUGAAAAUGGAGAAAUAGAAUUAAAGUAAAUCUCGCACACUAAAUAAGAAAUAAAUUUUUAAUAUCUUAACAAUAUUAUCGUUAACUAUAGUACGAAUGAAUUAAUAAAUCUCGUCCUGGAAACACA